AGUAGACCGAGUUUCACAAUGGAUGUGUUUUCUACGUCUCCAGAAUCCAGAGUAGACAGCUACACGCAUCACAAUGCUCCGACCUAUUAGUCUCAGACACUUAAUCGCUCACGCUCCUCGUUCAAUCUCCUCUUGUAGACAUCUUGGAACAUUAGUUAUAGCAGAACAUGAAGGUGGCUCCCUGAGUGGCACUUCCUUGAGUUCAAUAGAGGCUGCUAGCAAGUUGUUAUGUAAAGACAACAACUCUUUAUCUUUGCUAUUGGCUGGGACAGGUCCAUCCUUACAACAGGCUGCUACAAAUGCUGCUUCAUGUCAUCCUUCUAUUUCUCAGGUGCUUGUGGCCGAUUCCGAUAAAUUCAAACACACUUUAGCAGAACCAUGGGCCAAAUUAAUCCAUUUGGUGCAACAAAAACAUGAAUACUCGCAUAUAAUUACUGCUUCAAGUUCUUUUGGGAAAAAUAUAUUACCUCGGGCAGCUGCCCUUCUUGAUGUCUCACCGAUCACCGAUGUUAUUGAAAUAUCAGAGCCUCGAACAUUUGUCAGGCCGAUAUAUGCUGGCAAUGCUCUAUGUACUAUCCGCUACACUGGGUCAAAUCCCUGCAUGUUGACCAUCAGAUCCACCUCGUUUCCAGCUUCCGCUUCAGCUGAUUCUAAACCCAAUGCUGCACCAAUACACCAGGUUGAUCUAUCAAGUUUUGGUGAAGAGGGGAGUUGUAGAUAUGUGAAGCAAAGCAGCCAGGAAUCGGAAAGGCCGGAUCUUGGAAGCGCACGUGUUGUGAUCACAGGGGGGAGAGCACUUAAAAGUGCUGAAAAUUUUAAAAUGGUUGAAAAACUUGCUGAAAAACUUGGUGCAGCAGUUGGUGCUACUCGAGCUGCUGUUGAUGCGGGAUAUGUUCCAAAUGAGCUUCAGGUUGGGCAAACGGGGAAGAUUGUUGCUCCAGAACUUUAUAUGGCUUUUGGUGUGUCUGGAGCCAUCCAACACAUUGCUGGAAUGAGAGAUUCCAAAGUCAUUGUUGCAGUAAACAAAGAUGCUGAUGCCCCAAUAUUUCAGGUUGCUGAUUAUGGACUUGUAGGUGAUCUUUUUGAAAUAAUACCUGAGUUGAUCGAGAAGCUCCCGGAGAAAAAAUAACUUACCAAAAAAUUAAUUUUAGUUGUUUUUUUUUUUUUUUUGUCCUAAUAUUAAGAAGAUAUUGU